GGGCAAGUGGGUGUCAAUUUGAUAAUAAAUCAUCACUUCCAUCCAUCCAUCUCGAAUUACACCGCAAUUUACAUUUAGCUAUUGUUUUUGCAUGUCAAUAUAUGCGUUUGAACUCCAGCCAGUGCAGCUUAUAGCGGGCAGCAGUAAAGAGGAUUUGUCUGUGAAAGAGGUUGUUUGGUCAAUUUCUACUCCACUUCGAGAAAGCUGAAACGUACGACAUUUGGAGCAGGUACUUGUGAACAAGAAUACUAUGUUUGAACCGCUGUGUAAAACAACAGGCGCUCCGGAUGCCUUAUCUUUUUUCACCGGGAGCAUCUCUAUUGUUCUUAUGCUCAUAAAUAUCCCUGGCAACCUCCUUGUGAUCCUGGCAGUCACUUUCGAUCCCAAUAAGAAUCUGCGCAACUCUUUCAACUUCCUGGUAACAAAUUUAGCCAUAGCUGACUUGGUUGUGGGUCUCGUCACGGAUCCGUUGUCAAUUCACAUCCAUUUCAAAGAAGGCAGAAAUCAGGAUAUUUCCAAAGCAGAAAUACAAGCGAUACACAUGUCAUACUUCAUCUCGUGUACAGCCAGCGUUCUCAGCAUAAUCCUGCUGGCAUGUGAUCGCUACCUCGCCCUAGUCCACCCUGCUCGACAUUGCUUGCUGAUGAACCGCCCGGCGCUGUUGGGAUGCAUCGCAUUGAUAUGGGUCAUCUCAAUAGGACUCCCUUGUAUCUAUUUCGAAGUUGGCUACAUCCGCUACGCUUUCAUAUUUGCCAAUACUGCCGUGGUUAUUGCGAUCAUUGUUACGGUAUUCACCUACACCCGCCUUAUUAUGAAAUUUCAUAGCGCAGGUAGGUCGUCAACGGAAGAUACAAACGGAGAACUCGCCCCCAGUUCACCCACAGCACUCACCCCUCCGUCACACAACGAUCAAAAGCGCAUCACCGAAAUGUUCAUGGUCAUUCUCAUCGCUGUCCUCUGUUGCUACGUGCCCUCGACAAUUCUCAUAUACGCGAUGAAUUUUUGCGAGAGUUGCACUUGCGACGAGAUUCACACGUUUCGCGAUCUUCAAUUCGUCUUCGUCAUUGCGAAUUCGAGCGUGAAUUUUUUUUGUUACGCGUUUCGUUCCCCAAAAUUCCGUUCCGCGUUCAAGGUAAUUCUGAGGCUACAACAAGCUGGUGAGGAAAAUGAAGAUGUGAAUAUGCAUACAGUGGAAAAAGGUGUUACAGAGGUCACUGAUAAUAAAGUCUAACUUUUUGAAACUCUUACUUGGAUAAACUUAUAUGUUUUACACUCAUAUAUACUAUUGAAACUAGAUAACGCACACAAAGGCAAUGGCCUGGUAAAUCAGACGACCAAUAGCGAUGUUCAUGUAUUCGUUUAGCAUGCUCUAUUCAUAGGCAUACGGGUCAGGGGGGUAUGGACUGCAGCUCCACUUUCCAAUACGGUGUAUACCGUCCAUUUUCCGGGCAAGAUAUUUUGGAUUUUCGGGUACAAAUAUCAGGUUAUAUUGUUUAUUCUAUAUCUAUAGAUAUCAAUCGUAAUAUUAUAUAUACAAUAUAUAUAUAUAAUUCCCCACUCCUAUAAUUCCCUUCCCCCAAUCGAAAGAGGCCCGCACGCCUAUGGUUCUACAGAUUUCUUUUAAAACUGAUCAAUUUAAUGAAGCCAAAAUAUUUUUAGUAAAGUGGAAUAUAUUUUGUAAAUUUGUCAAAUCGGUGAAAUGCGUUGAAAAUGAGUUAGGUGCAAACUUGAAUAUAUUUUCCCACCUACCAUAGGAAAUGUAAUUUCUAAUAUUUCAUGAUGCUGGUUUUAGGGAUUAUUCUAAGUACACUCUCCAGUACACUAUAAAAGUGUCUGUCUGUAGUGUUAAAUUAUCAGCCGGCUUGUUAUACGUCGAAAUACGACCGUCAAGAUGACAAGCAUGCAUACAUCAUUCGUUUUUAUCGUUAUUUUACGGAUUUCGCCAUUUGCGUUUAGGAAAAGCAGACUAGCAUAAUUAACAGCGCGCGCUUACAAGGCCGGGGACUAGGCUGUAGAAAAAGGGUGGCGAUUAGGGACUGGGUUCAAAUGUAAUCUAGUAUACAAAAUCAAAACAAUCCUUGGUGCCCCUUGAACUGAUUUCCUUCCUAUACUUUUUUCAUGUUCGCAAUGCAUUAUGAUCAUAGUGUCCGAAAUAAA